UUUGUACGUUAGAAAAUCCGGUCGGUUUGUUACGGUCCACAGACUACAAAGUCCGAAUGAUCUUAAAUUUAUUUAUUAUUACUAUAAAUUAUUUCUGGUUCAAAUAUAAAUGUUUAAAAACAAGAACAAUCAAGAAGCUUGAAGAUUAAAAGCAAAAUCUUUCAAGUUCAAACUGCAAACACACUUAAGUCCAAGCGUUCACCUUUACCUAUGAUUUUGGCCAAUCUAUGUACUGGAGGUUGGAGCAUAGAGUACAUUCCCCUUAUUCGUACAAGAAAUAAGAAUUGAAAUUUAUGAUAAUUUGGAUUCAUUUCAAAUAUUUGGGUAAUGAAGUUAAAGUGAAUGUAAAAAAAAGUCAGAUAUAUUUAAAUUAAGCCGAAAUGGAGAGUUUAGAUGAACCUGUUCAACUAUCAGAAGGAAUAACCAUUAGUGAUUUGCUGAAAUCACCGGUAGAAUUUAGCUUGAAUGUUAACCACAAGAAGUUGAAAAAUGUGGAGGAUGAUGAUGAUUUUGAUGAUAUUUUUGAAAGUGAGAGUUCCAGUGACUCAGAAGACAUUGUUCAGAUGUUAGAAGAAUCAACAACAAAAAUGUUUUUGUCAUGCCCUGAAUACCAUUCAUUUAAGGAUCUAGCUACAAAGAUGAUAGAUUGUGUAUCAUCUGGGGAUGUUAAAAUGCUUAUAUUGGAAGAAGGUGAGGGACCUUUAGUGCCUGUAGAUGCAGAAGUGUCAAUACACUAUGCUGCAUAUUGGGAGAAAGCAAAGAUACCAUUUGACUCAACCAUUACAAUGAAUCGUGGGGAACCAAAGGUAGUAAGGCUAUCAAAAGAUGGUAUUAUACCUGGCUUGGAGAUUGGCUUGACAGCUGUGAAAGGGCCAACAGCUCGUUUUCUACUAUUGAUACAACCUGCUCUAGCAUGGGGACCUCAAGGGAUUUUACCGCGAAUAAAGCCUGAACCGGCGCUUUUCGUCGUAAACUUACUUUCUGUCAAUGAUAUUCAGGCUUCAAUACGGUUCAACGAUUUACCAUUAGAGGAACAAAGAAAAUAUGAAGUCACAAUACGAACAGUUACAUCUCUUCACACCCAAGCAAAAAACCUUUAUGCUAGGAAGAAAUUUAAUAAGUGUAUAAAACAUUAUCAACAAUCCAUCUGUGUACUAAAUUUAUCUGUGGCUAAGAACAGCGAAGAAGAAGCCGAAAUACGUAGACUAAAGGUCAAUACAUUCAUUAAUUCAGCCGUCUGUUAUUACAAAACCAAUAAACCGAAUAACAUUAUAAAAAUGUGUGAAAGCAUAGACUAUAUUUCAGAUGUAGAUAAGCAUUGCAAAGCGUUAUUUUAUUUAGGGAGAGCAUAUGAGAUGUUAGGUAAUAUGGAUAACGCGCUAAAGUACUACAAAAAAGCUUUAAAUUUAGAACCUAAAAACCGGGAGAUCGGUAAAGCGCUGCAUAAUUUAGAUGAAUACAAUAAAAAGUCUGCGGUGAGUGAGAAGGCGUUCUGUCAAAAUGUAUUCAAGGUCGCACCUGCAAAAAAAGUUUACGACGUUGACAUUGACUUCCAAAAUACAGUGCGUGACAUGUGUCAAAAUUUGGCAGCAACAGAGAAUUUUACGAAAUUCGAAUUGCCGAAUAAUUUUAGGAGCGCAGAAUUAGAAUUUAUGAAGGAUUUGUGUUCGGAAUUCAAAGAUAUGUUUGUACAAGUGGAUGGUGAGGGGAAGAAAAAAAGAAUCUAUGUUAUAAAGAAGGGGCGUGUAUGAAGUCCAUAAAUAAAUUAAUAUUGUCAAAUCUACAAACAGGGUUCCUAAAUGUAAAUGUUACUUUGGUUAUAAGAGAAAUAUAAAGAUAGGUAAUUAA